GUUGGCACUCUUUUGCAAAACACACAGAAGUGAACACAAGUGAUUUGAUAUCGAAUAUGACAGAAUCACUACGUAUAGUUGCAGAAAGUUUCACGAAGAAGAACGAGAAUAAAGAUCAACAAUACAAUGGCAACGUUCACAGGACGCAGACCUCCGAAACACCCAAUACACCACAGCAGAGCACCCUGAACACUUAUGGAUGUAACACAAUUGCAGCUUUUGAUGACCCGCCUUCAUAUGAAGAGGCCAUGAAAACAAAGAAAUGUGAGCUUGGAGAUGGCGUAAACGUUACGUAUAAAGGCACAUGGAAGAAUGAGGCAUCUAAUGCCAUGUCAAAGGUUGUGGAUACCGAUGAAGAACAUAUUACAUGUUAUCCAUUUCAAGAGGCUAUUGAUACCGAUGAAGAACAUAUUCUAAGACAACGUGAUUUUGCUGAUUUUGCCCUACAGGGUUUGUAA